AUGAAGUGUCACUCGGCCCUGUUUUUAUCACCCUCUUUCAGCCCCCAAGAGAGAGACUGGGUGGAGGCCACGCCCAGCCUGGAGAUGACUACCAUUAGUCAGACUGCACAUCUGCCUGUGAAGAAAAGACUCCAGCUGUAUACAGGGACUGAAACAGCAGAGCAGGGCAGACACAAUGGGAGUGCAGACGCAGGGGAUGGUGUGUUCUCCACGGAGCUGGGGGAUCCUCCCCUGCUUCAGCGGCCGACGUACACCUCCAAGUCCGGGAUCCAGCAGAUCAUCGAGUGCUUCCAGUCCGGCACGCAGCAGCUCAGGCACAUCCUGCUGAAGGAGGUGGACACCAUCUUUGAGUGCAAGCGCUGCCGGAGUCUGUUCCGUGGGCUGCCCAACCUGGUCACUCACAAGCAGUUCUACUGCUUCCCCAGACCACCUUACCCGAAUGACCAGCUGCAGAGUCACACUGUGCCAGGUCAGUGGGAGGCCACCUGUCCACAAGUGAUGCUGGAGCCCAUUCAGACCAACAGGAACGCUGUGUUCCAGUUCCCGGUCAAGGACACAGACCAGAACAACCAGGAGAGGGAGGUGAGGGAGGUGAGGAAGGUGAGGGAGGUGAGGAAGGUGUACAGGAACGUGCGGUUGCCGGGCUUCGACUUCAGGCAGCUCUGGUGCAAGCUGUGCAACAGGCAGUUCUCCAGCAAGCAGACCCUCAGGAAGCACAUCCAGCUGCACCGGGACGGCGACAGCGACGGCGUCUUCGUCAAGUUCUACAGCUGCCCGCUGUGCACGUACGAGACCCGCCGCAAGCGUGACGUCCUCCGCCAUGCAUCCUUCGUCCACCAGCAGUCCUCCCGCCAGCUGGCCAUCAUGGCGGCUGGCCUGGAGGACCGGGCGUUCAACAAGCCCGCCACCGCCAUCCUCACCACGCGGUAG